GCUUUAUUCCCAUUUUUUUUGUCAAGCUUUAUUUCAUCCAUCGAAGCGAUGUUCCCUAUGAUGCAAGGACCGCAGGCUCUGCCUGACCAAGUUGCAUACCCGAUGUUUUGGAGAAAUCUUACCCGUUUCUUGGCGGUAUCUACUACUACUAUCGCCCUCUCUCUCGUCAUUCGUCACUGUGAGCAUCAUACACAUGCGAUGCUGGUGUCGCGCCUCUAAGGGGCACGACAUUUAGUUCGUCUGAUAAAGUGGGCUUUCUUAUGUAGGUUUCGUUGUACUUGGCAUGGAUCACCGAAUUUCUUAGAUGUUUUUUCCCUUUAGUUCGUUGGAUCGCCUUUCGUUAAUAACCUUAAACUCCGAAAUAUUAUAAACCUUAUGCUAAAUAGAUUGAGAAAA